AUGUCCAAUGUCAGCCGUUUAGACCAGGUAUCUCCGAACCACGAGACCUAUCAUGUCCUGAAGUCCGGCUGGAGCGCCGCGCCGGGGGCGGAGCGGCGGCCGCGCCACGCCUCCGACACGCCGCCGCCGGCGGGGGCGGCCGAGUGGAACGACCUGGCGGCCACGUUCCCGCCGCCGCCGGCGCGCUUCGCCACGGACAACUCCUCCGUGGUGACGGCGCAGACGGGCAGCACGGCCACGCUGCCCUGCGUCGUCAACAACAUCGGCGAGGGCAUGGUGUCGUGGAUCAGGAGGAAAGACUUCCACCUGCUCACGGUCGGCCUCACCACGUACACGGGCGACGAGAGAUACCAGGCCAUCCACGCGCAGCACUCGGAGGACUGGACGCUGCAAAUAAAAUUCGUUCAACACAGGGACGCGGGGCUGUACGAAUGCCAAGUGUCCUCCCACCCGCCGAUGAGUAUAUUUAUAGAGCUUAAAGUGGUUGAGGCGCGCGCGGAGAUCUCCGGCCCGCCGGAGAAGUUCCUGAAGCUGGGCAGCGCGCUGCGCCUGGUGUGCGCGCUGCGCCAGAGCACCGAGCCGCCCGUCUACGUGUUCUGGUACCACAACAACCGCAUGAUCAACUACGACGCGGACCGCGGCGUGAACGUGAGCGCCGACCGGCCCGCCAAGACCUCCACGCUGCUGAUCGGCAGCGCGGCGCGCGACCACUCGGGCAACUACAGCUGCGUGCCCAACAACGCGCAGCCCGCCAGCACCUACGUGCACAUCCUCAACGGAGAGAACCCAGCAGCCAUGCAGCACGGCGGCAGAGGGCUGUCGUGGCUGCGCUCGCCAUCAGCGUGGUUGCUGCUGGUGUGCCUGGUCGCCUCCUGGUCUUCGAGGAGCUCGCCCCGAGCGAUCCACCUCCCUUAGCAGCGCCCGGCCUCACCUAGUGGGGGUCGACCUCCCUUAGCAGCGCCCGGCCUCACCUAGUGGGGGUCGACCUCCCUUAGCAGCGCCCGGCCUCACCUAGUGGGGGUCGACCUCCCUUAGCAGCGCCCGGCCUCACCUAGUGGGGGUCGACCUCCCUUAGCAGCGCCCGGCCUCACCUAGUGGGGGUCGACCUCCCUUAGCAGCGCCCGGCCUCACCUAGUGGGGGUCGACCUCCCUUAGCAGCGCCCGGCCUCACCUAGUGGGGGUCGACCUCCCCUAGCGGUGCCUGGCCUCACCUAGUGGGGGUCGACCUCCCCUAGCGGCGCCCGGUCUCACCUAGUGGGGGUCGACCUCCCCUAGUGGUGCCCGGCCUCACCUAGUGGGGGUGGACCUCCCCUAGCGUCACCCUGCCUCACCUAGUGGGGGUUGACCUCCCCUAGCGGCGCCCGGCCUCAUCUAGUGGCGGUUGACCUCCCCUAGCGGCGCCCGGCCUCACCUAGUGGGGGUCGACCUCCCCUAGCGGUGCCUGGCCUCACCUAGUGGGGGUUGACCUCCCCUAGCGGCGCCCGGUCUCACCUAGUGGGGGUCGACCUCCCCUAGUGGUGCCCGGCCUCACCUAGUGGGGGUGGACCUCCCCUAGCGUCACCCUGCCUCACCUAGUGGGGGUUGACCUCCCCUAGCGGCGCCCGGCCUCAUCUAGUGGCGGUUGACCUCACCUAACGGCGCUUGGCCUCACCAAAUGUGAGAUGAUAUCCACUGGUGGGACCUGGCCUCACCAACAGCGGUCGACUAUCUUUAUCAAACGAACAGCCUCGUCUGGGAGAACCCACCGCCCAUUCCAGCGGCGGAGCGGUUUUCUGCCUGCGGCGCUCAGAAUCUACUAACAGCGGCCAACCUUCGCUAUUAGUGCGCAGCCUCCUCUAGUGGAACAGUUCACAAGAUCCAACAAGGGUUGCGGAAUAUCCUAGUGACGACUGGUCUCACCGUUGGUAUUCUAUUUUCCCCAUCAGCGCACAGCGCCGUCUAGUGAAACCCACGUUUAUUCCUACAGCAGUGGCCGUAUUCCGCUAGUUUCUCUCAGUGUCAAAUGUUAAAUGCUGAACUUUCUUAUCACCGCAUGGCCUCGCGUAGCGGGAAAUCAAAACCACAGCAUCAAACUACUGAGUCCGAGUUCCGUUAGUGGCAACUGGUGUCACCUAUGUGCGAUCCACAUAUUUUAACGUCUGCUGAUUAUUCGCGCUGUUCUACAUCAUCAGUGCUAGCCCUGGAGCUGAUACUGAAACGCGCUGGCUCUUAGAUCACACAGGGAACAGAGGGUGGAGCACACAGGCUACCCAGGUGGCCCUGAAACAAAACUGCUCACAUAAAUAUAUUACUGUCAGAAAUCACGAUUCUUGGACACACGAAGAAAGGACAUUUUUCAAGUUAAAAAAUCUUAAUGAAAAAUUAUAUGGCACAAUUCAAAGCCAAAUACUUUUCAGUGUGCGUAAAAACGUUUUAGACUGUUAAAAAUUUUAAAUGCAGACACAUAUACGUAUUAAUUUAUCUUACAAUGUUUACACAAUUUUUUUUACCAAAUAAUAAGCAGAUAAAGGGGAAUUAACAAACUAACGACGGAAAUCCCAACAUAUAAUUGGUUUAUGCACAUCCUAGCAGAGAAUUAAGAAUUUGUAACUGUGUAAUGUUAUUUAACAACUAUGUUAAUAAAUUUAAACCAUCACUUAACAUCCAACAAGAAUUUUAAAAAGAUAUUUUUUU